AUGGCCGAUAAAUCCUCUACUUCCACUAACCCAACACCCAACAGUCUCCAUCCGGUGUAUACAGUGACUAAUAUCCAACAUAAAGUCCGUAUGCUCGAUGGAACGAAGGUCUCCUAUCCUUCUUGGGUUAAACUUUUCAUGCUUCAUGCCACUGGGUAUGAAGUGGUUCACUAUAUCGACGGCACGCCGGCCCCGGGUAAAGAUGAUGAUGACUACCCCACGUGGAAGAAGAUCGAUGCGGUCAUCUUACAAUGGAUCUACGGGACUUUAUCGGAUGAACUUUUGGUCCGAGUCCUAGAAGACACAUCAACGACUUAUGAGGCAUGGGAAUGGGUCAAGAAGCUCUUCCUUAAUAAUAAAGGAUCCCGUGCCCAUGCCCUCCAACAUGAGCUCACCAAUCUCACUCUCUCCGCCAUGCUAGAUUUGGACUCUUACUGCUAA